GAGACGCCCUCGAGCGAGCGCCACACGGCUUGUGGUAAGGCAGAGAAGAGGUCCAAGCCAGGCUGACUUCUUGCAAUCCCUGAGUAAAUGCACUUUGCUGUCCUCUUUUGACUCCUGUUGAACUUUCUCCUUUCUCCUCCUCCUCCUCCUCCUCGUCUCCUCCUUCCCCUCCUCCUCCUCCUCCUUUUCUCAGCCGUCAACAUCCGAACAGGCUCCUACGAUUAGCCAAGCUCGUUCUCCACCCUCCCCUUCCUUCUCUAUAUAUACAUAGGAACCACGCAAGCAGACAGGCAAAAGCCUUGGCUCCAAGCUUAUCUCAAGUCUCAUCGGUAGCAAAAAUCAACGAGAACUACUCGCGCUCAAGACAUCGCAGAUAGGGAGAGAGGGAGAGAUGGGAAGACCGCCGUGCUGUGACAAGACUGGAGUGAAGAAAGGGCCGUGGACACCGGAAGAAGAUAUCGUGCUGGUGUCUUACAUUCAAGAGCAUGGACCUGGGAAUUGGAGAUCUGUUCCUACUAACACAGGUUUGCUCAGAUGCAGCAAGAGCUGCAGGCUCAGAUGGACUAAUUACCUCCGUCCCGGUAUCAAGCGCGGUAGCUUCACGGACCAAGAGGAAAAGAUGAUCGUCCACCUUCAGGCUCUUCUUGGUAAUAGGUGGGCGGCCAUAGCUUCGUACCUUCCUCAGAGGACUGACAAUGAUAUCAAGAACUACUGGAAUACCCAUUUGAAGAAGAAGCUGAAGAAGCUUCAAGGCCAAGCAAAUCCUGAUGAUGAUGACCAUAAUCAUCACCCACAAGGGUUCAACGCAACUUCACACUCCAACCCCAAGGGCCAGUGGGAGAGGAAGCUCCAAACCGACAUUCACACGGCCAAACAAGCCCUCUAUGAAGCCUUGUCAUUGGACAACCAACAUAGCUUUUUGAAUGAAACGACGACAGCACUUGGUGACGGCGGCGGUGUUUGCGACAGACCGCCGCACCAAGAAUCAAGCUACGCAUCGAGCACCAAGAACAUAGCAAGAUUGCUCGAAGGAUGGAUGAAGAGCUCGCCGAUAUCAGGGAAGAUCAAAGUGGAAACUGCCGCCCGCUCUGCAAAUGUUUCUAACAAGAUGGCUGCCGCUGCAGGUUCGAGGAGCACUAGCGAAGGCGGCGUUGCUGGCGUGGCAACCCCAGAGUGCUUGGACUCGCUCUUUAGCUUCAACUCCUCGAACUCUGACGUGUCUCAAUCGGUGUCGGCAGACGAAAACAACGUCAAUUUGACGCCGGAGACGAGCACGAUUUUCCAAGAGGAGAGCAAGCCGGGCUUGGAGAGUAAUGAUAAUCAUCAAGUGCCAAUAAAGUUGCUUGAAAAAUGGCUGCUUGAUGAUGCUGCAGCUCAGGCACUACAAGAUGAUUACCUCAUGGAUAUGGCAUUAGAUCAGGAUGCUUUGUUCUAACUCAACUAGAUCUCAAUUAGGGAAAUGAUCAAUUCUUGCAUGGACAAGGUCCAAUUGAAAGGAAAUUCCAGGUUUAAUCAUGUUCCUGUGAUUGAUCCGGAUAGCAUUGGACCUAGUCUAUGCAAGAAUUUGGCUAGUUAGGAAGACUCUUUGUUUGUCUGUUGAUGUUUAUCGUAUAGGUCUCAAGCUGUUUUUCUGGCUGAAAUCACGCUUGUUUUGAGCCGAUAACUGUGAUAAAUAUUCCCUUUCUAGAAGAAUAACGAAGCAAAGUGCAAAAUUGAUGUGUAAUGUAAUUUUGUUCACUUAUUAUCAAUAGGAGACAAAUAAGUAUGUGCCUUUACAUCUGAUUA